GGGGCUGCCCGAGCUGAAGCUGAGGUGGUGAGCUUAGCCACAAAAACAGAGUUGUCACUGUCACCAGCAGAGGGGGCACCCCUGCACCACACGAAUCACAAACGCCCUCAUGUGUAGUCCUACGCCAUGACCAUGGCCGCCACGAGCCUUCGUCACGAACUCCUCCUCCACGGGCCUCUAUGCUAUAAUUACUCACGCCAGUUCGAACCCGACAGCCAGGGAAGCCUCCAGCCUGCGUCUUCUCCCUCCUUUACCCGUUACUUCCUCUCUUAUCUUGUUGCGUUUCAAUUCAUUUUUCUGCACUGAAAUUUGUCUUUUGCGUAUACAUUUCUCCUGUGCGGAAGAGAGUGUAGGUUUUGUAGACGGUCGGUGGUUUCAGUUAAUUGAACAGAGCAGUGCUAAAAGCCGAAAUUAAUUUAAUGGGUACGGAGUGGAAAAGUGGGCUGAAGGCGCUGAGGCCUAUGGUGCACCUGCUGUUGCCUCUCUCCGUCCACUGGGUGGCUGAAGAGAUGACUGUCUCCGUGCUGGUGGACGUAAUCACCAGAGCUCUUUGUCCCGGCGGCUCCACCUGCUCCGAAGCCAUCUAUCUUAACGGCCUAGAACAAACGGUUGUCGGAGUUUUCAAAAUGGUGGUGCUUCCACUCCUAGGUCAGCUUGCAGACGAGCAUGGGCGUAAACCGCUGCUCCUCCUUAUCCUAUCCACGACUAUAUUCCCUUUUGCUCUACUUGCUGUCAGGCAGACAAAGGAAUUUGUGUAUGCUUACUAUGUCCUUCGUACAAUUUCAUAUAUUUUAAGCCAGGGCAGUAUUUUCUGCAUUUCUGUUGCCUAUGCAGCAGAUGUUGUCGAGGAGAGUAAGAGAGCCGCAGCAUUUAGUUGGAUCACCGGCCUUUUUUCUGCUUCACAUGUCUUAGGAAAUGUGCUUGCUCGCUUUCUUCCUGAAAGCUACAUUUUCAAGGUUUCAAUAGCCCUUUUGAUCUUUUGUCCUGUUUACAUUAAGCUGUUUCUGGUUGAGACAGUUCAACCAGCUCCAAGGCAGGAGCAAGAUACCCGUUGCCUAAAUAAGGUUGUGAAGGUUUCCAAGGAGCGUUACAGCACCAUGAGAUAUGCUGCAACUAUAGUUUUUAGCAGUCCAGCACUUAGAGACGUUGCUUUUGUUUUGUUCUUCUAUGAGUUGGGAAUGUCCGGCAUCACCAAUAUCUUACUGUAUUAUCUGAAGGCAGUUUUUGGUUUCACUAAAAAUCAGUUAUCAGAAAUUCUGUUGAUGGUGGGAAUAGGCUCAAUUGUUUCUCAGAUGUUGGUGCUUCCACUAGUCAAUCCAUUAGUUGGAGAAAAAGUUAUUCUGUGUGCUGCCUUACUUGCAUCAAUAGCUUACGCUUUGUUCUAUGGCUUGGCCUGGGCAUCUUGGGUGCCAUACCUAAGCGCAUCAUUUGGAGUCAUCUAUGUUCUUGUGAAACCUUCUACUUAUGCUAUUAUUUCAAAAGCUUCGAGCUCUAUUAAUCAGGGAAAAGCGCAAGGAUUUAUUGCUGGUGUACAGUCAAUUGCAAGUUUGUUAUCGCCGAUUGCAAUGAGCCCCUUGACUUCAUGGUUCUUAUCUACUGAUGCUCCAUUCAACUGCAAAGGUUUCAGUAUUCUAUGUGCAUCUGUGUGCAUGAUGGUUUCUUUGUGCUUUGCUUGCCUGUUAAAACCACAAGUGCUCCCUAAGGAAGGCUUAGAGGAUAUCAAUGAAGAUGUUGAAGCACCACUUCUAUCAUAGCAGCUGAUGAUGCAUGGCCCUCUUCAAGGACACGAUGAUUUGAACUGUAACUAUAUUUGGGAGCAUGAAGGUCAAGCCUUUGAGUUUAGGCUUAUGUGAACCUGGAUGAAAUUGCAGCACCAUACCGGUUCGAAUUUCAUGUUCUCAAAUGUAGCAUAUAAACUUUGGCAUUCAUCCAUUGAUUCACGUAAUGUUGUAAAAAUGAGUGUACAUGCAUCUUGAGCAUACAGUUGUCCUUCUUUAGGCCAAAAGACGUAGGAUGCUUUUAUGAUAAAAGUUAUUGGAGAGAUUUUUUGUGUCCCCCUUAAUUGUUGGAAUCAAGGGUUAUUCUAGGUGUUAAUGUUUGAUAAAUAAUUUUUACUUGUCUUUUUGUCCA